AGUUGACUGUCAACUGUCAGAUGACUGUCAGUCAGAAAUCACUUGACAAGAAUUUGUGGUUUAUUUUUAAUUGAACAAUAAUUAUUAAUAUAGCUAAUUAUUUAAAAAGAAAUGAGUACUAAAACUAAGUCUGGAGAAAGAAAUGGAUCGGUAAAAACAGUCGAAUUAUCUGUUUGGUCUAGGGCAUUUACAGCAAACUCAGAAUGGCCAGAUAAAGAAGAAUUUUUAGAUGUAAUUUAUUGGGCUAGACAAAUACUUGGAAUAAUUUUAGGAAUAAUAUGGGGUAUCGUCCCAUUAAAAGGAUUUUUAGGAUUAGCAUUAUUUGUACUAAUAAAUGCAGGAGUAAUAUACUUUUACUUCAGUAGUUUUCAAAAUGUGGAUGAGGAAGAAUACGAUGGGGCCUGGGAAUUAACAAAGGAAGGUUUUAUGACUUCUUUUGCAGGAUUUAUGGUGACUUGGAUAAUUAUAUACUCAGGAUUAUACUAUAGUGGGGAUGAAGACUUAUGAUACGAACAAAUUCAGUAUUCAAAAAAUGUAUAUAUAAUGGGAGGUUCUGUUUUUAAAGUGAUUCAGAAAAUAGGAAAGUGAUUGCCAAACACCAAACACAUAGCAUUCUUCUAGAAAUUAUUUUUUAUAACUCAGACACAAAUUUAAAGACCUAUACAUAUGUUAUACAUGCAUCUAUCAAAUAGAAAUAUUUUAUUUACCAAAAAGCAUUUCCAUUUUUUACAUUCUAAAUUUAUUUUAGUUUUAGUUAGUUUGUUAAAGUUUUUCAAUAUUGUUUUUUUUUUUAAUUUUUAUUUGUAAUAAUUUAUAUAUUUAAUGUAAAUAUACAAUGUA